CGGGACCUCCCAACCGCACCUCCUCCGCUAAUAACAACGUCCGAUGCAUCGGUACAACGCCACCGAGUGUCAAAAGUGAUCUUUGUGUUUCAAGUAAUUGAGUUCCAGCUUUCACUAGUUGAUCUCAUCUUCAUAAUUUUCUUGCCUAUCCAUUGUUUAAGGAUUCCACUCAAAACCUCCCAUCAUCUCUCCUCAGUCACUUUUAGCUCCCUCCGUCCGUAUCUCCCAGGCCGUAGAAAUCCUCCUUACCUGUCCCCAACGCCUAACAUCUAUCCUUGAUCCGAACACACCAAACUCUUACACCUCAAACCCUUACCAGAGGAACAACGUCGACAACAGCAACCACCGCAACAAUGUCUCAGACCGCCGCCAACUCCGGCGGCAUCUCCAGCGAUGGCCUGCCUCCCGUCUCCUCUAUCUCCCUCAAAACCAUUCCCAUGGCCGGUCUCCUCGUCGACGUCUACGGCCUCGACGAGCUUCCCGCGAGCGUGUCUCGCGUCUCCUGUCUAUGGCUGCACCACCAGCGGACGCGGAACAAGGACCACAUGCGGGAGAUCGCGGCUCGGUGUGUCGGUGCUUGGAACGAAUCUACUGGAAGUGAGAAGAAGAAGGAUAGGGGGUUGAUCGCCUUGGCAUACGACCAGCGCAAUCACGGGACGAGAUUGGUGCAUGAUCCGGCGAACGGAGCGUGGAGGGAGGGAAACAAGACGCAUGCGCAGGAUAUGCUAGGGGGUAUUGUGGGGAUGGUGGGGGAUCAGACGGUUUUAUUGGAUGUCGUGGAGUCGUACCUCUUUCAUGAUAGCGGAGAGGAAGAAGGACAGCAGAGGAAGGUGAUUGACCACCACCUUGCCUUGGGCAUCUCCCUCGGAGGACACAGCGUGUGGCAACUCAUGUUUGCGGACCCAAGAGUGCGCGCUGGUGUGGCGGUUAUCGGAUGUCCUGAUUUCAUGAACCUCAUCACCGACCGUGCCCGCCUCUCCAAGCUAUCAACUUACUCUGCCGACACCGGCGCCACCACCUUUCUGGGGAGCAAAGACUUCCCUCCUUCCUUGGUCACGGCUGCUUGCAAAACGGACCCGAAGGGAAUCCUGUUUGGCACCGCUCCCGUUCCCUCGUCCACGUCGUCAUCGGGUUCUCCCUCACCCAGCACAGUAGAUGAGGAUGAACGGCAAAGACGGCAAAUCCUUCUUGAACGUCUGCAAGGAAAGCAGUUUCUUCUUUGCAACGGCGCAGAAGACAAACUCGUGCCCCCUCGGUGCGGUGAGGCGUUCACAAGGUGGUUCAAGGAGGCCGCAGAUAAGUAUAAGGAGGCGAGGAUCUCGGUGGAUGAGAGGACUUAUGCGGGAGUUGGGCACACCUUCAGCGUAGGCAUGGUCAAGGAUGCGGUUGAAUGGGUGAUGGAGGUGGUUAAGAACGCUGAUGCGGAUAUAGUCGCUCAAGUGAAAAAUGGAAAGUCGAAGAUCUGAAGUCACUGAUUAGGAGAGUAUGUAGACAUCACCUGUCGGGACCAAGAGAAUGGUUGCGCUGCCAGAUCAGCCAACCCUGCCUUCUCACUGGCCUCACAAUGUGGGAGGGCAGCGAUGGACAUGUAGAAAAUGUGUGUGCACGGGGUGUAGAAAGAGGCCAUCGUGACAAUGGACAGCAAUGUGGAGAUCAAGAUCACAAAGGAAGGAGGGCAUUCCCAGAGGAUGCGCCCAGGGCUGAUAGGGAGCCCUGUUGGCACGGCAGAACUUGUAUAUAAACCUCGGGCCUUAGGCCCUUGACGUGGUAUUUUCCUCUCCUCAUCAGAAUCAACAAUUCUACCAGAUC